GUUGUUUUGUUAUAUUAUCCAAAAUUGCAAGUAACCGUGCUUCACUGCUUCAGUAGUUAAGGGUUAACACUUGUUCUUCAUUUGAAUUCUGAAAGAAAUUUGAGUUAUAUUCUUAUUUUGCCUUAACGGACUACGUUGAAUAUUAUUUUAAUCAACCUUUCGAAACAUUAUAAACAUGGAUGCCAUCGAUAAUUCUUUCGGUAAUUAUGCCAUCUUGGGUGCACACACUGCCAGACCGAAAAACUUCAAAGAAACUUAUCAUCCAGUUCAACAAAACUUAAUAAAUUACAAAGCAAAAGAAAAUAGAACUCUAGUUAAAGGCUUGAUGAUCACACAAGGAAUGCACAUGCCCCUACGUUUAGCUAUGGAACAAAAAGUGUUUGAAAGUGUGGGACGUCUACCAAUUCUAAAGUCAUCUCAUUUGCAUGCUGAAGUAUUGAAUGACACUCUUGACACAGUCACUGAACGAGAUUACUUGAACCCAGCAGAGUACAAUGAAACAUUAGUCCCGUCAUUUGUAGUUAUGGAUAAAGAUUUAAAAUUUUAAUUUACAAAUUAAUAUUUAUAAACAUAAAAUGUUUUAAGACAUUGUCAAUAAUAUUUUUGCUAUUAUUAAAUGUUCUUUGAGCGAAUAAAAUCAUUUGGGUAUUGUGUACAGUUAAGAAUAAAUAAACGUAAAGUAUAAUUAUACAAUUUCACUCAACA